AUGGGCAUCAUCGGCAAGGACAACGACACCGUCAAGGUGGCCGCCGGCAGCGACUCUGCCUCGGCCACCAACGACACCGAAGUCGGCCGUCUCGAGAUCGCCCGCGAAAACAAACGCCAGAUCGGCAUCCCCUCGGCGGCGCUCCUCAUCCUCAACCGCAUCAUCGGCACGGGCAUCUUCGCCACGCCCGGCACCAUCCUCGCGCUGUGCGGCAGCGUCGGCCUCUCGCUCUUCAUGUGGGUCGCGGGCAUCUGCAUCGCCGCGGCGGGAACCGCCGUCUACAUGGAGCUCGGCACCGGCCUGCCGCGCAACGGCGGCGAGAAGAACUACCUCGAAUACGUCUACCGCAGCCCCAAGUUCCUCACCACCAGCCUGUACACGGGCUACGUCCUGCUGCUGGGCUGGGCGGCCGGCAACUCCGUCAUGUUUGGCGAGUACAUCCUGCAUGCGGCGCGCGUCGAGGUCACGGACUGGAAUAAGCGCGGCAUUGCGCUGGGGUGCCUGACGGCCGCGUUCCUCAUCCACGGCACGGCGCUCAAGUGGGGGAUCCGCCUGCAAAACGUGCUCGGCGUGCUCAAGAUCCUCGUCAUCGUCGUCAUCAUCAUCGCGCCGCUCGUCAACCUGCCCAAGGUGCGCGAGGUCAACAACUUCCACGACGCCUUCGAGGGCACCACGGGCAGCGGCUACGGCGUCGUCAUGGCCCUCUACAACGUCAUCUGGAGCUUCGUCGGCUACAGCAACGCAAACUACGCCCUCUCCGAGACCAAGAACCCGACCCGCACCCUCAAGUUCGCCGCGCCCCUCGCCCUCGGCGGCAUCUCCGUCCUCUACAUGCUCGCCAACAUCUCCUACUUUGCCGGCGUCUCCAAGGAGGAGAUCCUCGAGGCCAAGCGCCUCGUCGCCGCCUCGCUCUUCCGCAACAUGUUUGGCGAGUCGGCCGAGCGCGCCAUGAGCGUCUUUGUCGCCCUCUCCGCUUUUGGCAACGUCCUCAGCGUCAUCUUCUCGCAGGGCCGUCUCGUUCAGGAGCUCGGUCGCGAGGGUAUCUUGCCCUUUUCCCGCUUCUGGGCCAGCAACCGGCCCUUCAACGCCCCGCUUGCCGGCCUCACGGAGCACUACAUUGUCACCGUCAUCACCAUUGUCGCGCCGCCGGCCGGCGACGCCUACAACUUUGUCCUCAACCUCAUCUCGUACCCGCUCGCCAUCAUCAACGUCUUCGUCGCCGGCGCCCUCAUCCACCUCUACCGCCACCGCGCCGCGUGGAACUGGAACCCCCCGCUCAAGGCGUCCUUCCCCGUCGCCGUCUUCUUCCUUCUCAGCAACAUCUACCUCGUCGUCGCGCCCUUCAUCCCGCCCGAGGAGGGCCAGAGCGUCUACGACUCCCUGCCCUACUACAUCCACUGCGUCGUCGGCUUCGGCAUCAUCUUUGCGGGUGGCGUCUACUGGGUCAUCUGGGCUAAGCUGCUGCCGUGGAUCGGCCGCUACGAGCUCGUCCGCGAAACCGUCGUCGACGACAUUGACGGGUGGGAGAGGACGCAGUUUUACACCCGGCCGCUGGGCAAGCGCGUGCAGGACGACGCGCCUCCCGUAGACUACGGGACGGCGAAUGAUGGGGGGGAUAGGAGAGACUGA